AUGCAAGAAUCAAAUGAUGAAGAUGAAGGACAAAAAAAGCCAACAAAGAAAAAACUAGGAUGGGGUCAAAAGAAGGUUUGGCAGAAAAUUCCAAAGGAGGACAAGGACAGAAUUCAAGAAUACUACUUAAGUACUCAACCUAGUGAUAACUUUUGGGCAGGACUCGAUAGUGAGAAAGUGACAAACCAUGAUAUCAAAGAUAUUGUAUGGGACCUGGAACUGUCACAAAACGUUAUUGAGGCCUAUAUCCAAAUAGAGGAGGAGAAAAUAGGGCCCAUGCAGACAGAUAGUCCACAGUACAUGUCUACAUGGACUUGGGCUUACAUGCAAACCUUUCUAGAACCAAAUUGGCAUAGGGCCCUGUAUGAACACUUACUUGAAAAACUCGGGAAAUGCAAUGUUCUCUUCUUCCCGAUCAUUUCAAGUUCUGAGUUCCACUUUACACUUCUCACAUUUCACAAAAUUGAACGAAAGUGGAGACACUACAAUCCACUUAGAUCGUUGGGAUCUAGAAAAGAAGAAAAGUGUAUUGACAUUGCUCAAAAUUUUGUUAAUAUUGUGGAAGGGUGGCUAGAAUAUAUCAGACCACAAGCACAAGAGUUCUUAGAAACUAAAAAAAUACCAAAACUUGUGAAGCAAAAAGAAGGGCCCCCUACACCUGCACAGGUUGAUUUGUCCCCAAAUGAAGAACUCACUCUAAAUUGGAUUCUGCAAAAUCCAUAUCAGUUUCCAUUUGAGGAUGACACAGAAUGUGCUCAACAAAAUUCAUCUUCGUUGGAUUGCGGCAUGUUUGUCAUGUUCUACAUGGAUAAAAUAGCACAAGGACAGCCCAUUCCAAAAAGUGUGGACAAGAAAUUCAUGAAUGAAUAUCGAGCACAAUAUGUCACAAAACUCCUACACCACAAACACUGUUGCAGUUUCUGCAACAAAAUCUGCUCAAAUCUGAAAACAAGCAUUCAAUGGCAGUCAAAAACGAAUAUCCACUCAUGA